CUCGCAUAGGUGAAACCAGUAAAAGGUACGUGCAGAGCUGUACCAGCCAACCCAUACAAACCUUGGAAAUCAACAACGUCCAUCAAUACGGUACCUAUCUACCUACCUACCUCAACAGCCAGCCACUCGUUCUUUCCUUCCCAAGCGUAGCGUAUUUCACCAAGUCCGCUUUACAAAUAUGUUAUUAUAGCUCAUUGGCCUUGAAACACAUCACAAUGGCCGGCUCAUCACCAGCCCGCCGCAGCUACCAGUGGUCGAGUCCCCAGCAAUCAGUCCUCUCCGAUAUCCUGUACGAGGAUCGGAACUCUGAGGCUCGCCAUAAGCUUCUUCUCGAGACGGCAAAGCGCGAACAUGAGCGAGUCCGGGCCGAGGCCGAGAGGAUCUAUAAAGAGCAUGUCCAAAAAGAAGAGCGCAAUCGCCUGCUCGAGGCCAAACGGAACGAGGAGGAGAGAAUCAGGUUGGAGGAGCAAAUCGCCGCAGACCGUCUCAGAUUGCAGGCCCUCAAGGCGAAGAAGGUUACCAUCCCACCUCUCCCUGAGCCUCAACCGGAUCCAGCGCCGCGGGCAGCGCCGCCAGCACAAUCGGCCAGCGCAAAAACCUCGACCGCAUCGCCGGCCACCCAUGGAACUGUUGCGAAGAACAGUCCACUGGCACAACCUCCUAGCCUUCUUGGUGGAGCAGGUUCUCAGGAACCAGCUACGCAGAAUCCAUUCUCGUCAACAAAGCCGAACCCAUUUGCGCCUCGAGCGGCCCCUCCUGCAUCGCCGGGAGCACAACAACCAAGCUCCCAACCCUCUGCGGCCAAGAGUAACCCUUUCGCACCAGCUCAAUCGGCACCCCAAACCAAUGGGACGGCAACAUCCCAGGUUACACGCACCCCCGCUACCUCAGAUGCCAUACAGCAGGCGGAUCGAUACGUAGUCAUCCACAGAACCCUGAAGCAGUUACGGAAAUCCAUGGACCAGCAGAUUGGAAUGAACCCCGCUCUGAAGUCUAGGAUGGGAGAUAUGCGAAGGGAGGUUCGCAAGACUGUCGGCCAGCUGACUACUGGCACCGGAGUGAAUAGGCAGCAGAUCAUCCGAUUGGUAAACCUGCUAAAGGAGGCUAUGGCGAACUCGGCACGGAGCCAGCUUAUCGACGCAAGCCUCUUUGUCGUGGAUCCGCGAGACCCGGUGGAUGGGGCUCAGCACAACGAGCCUCAACUUCCGUCGCUGUUCCUUUAUCUGCUGAACAUAUUUGCAAAGGCUGCCAUCAGUCAGUUCAUCAGCGAAGGUGGUGCAAAGCCAGACACGGCUGACCCCAUCGGCAUUGUGGUUGCCGAUAUCUUCUCCAACCCCGACUUCCACUGGCGCGGGAAAUCCCUCAUCGACAUCCUACUUGCAAAGUACCGCGUCUGUUGCCCCGUCCUCUUCGGCUACCGAGGGAGCGAAAAGACGGAGCAAGGCCGGCAGAGGCUCGGCUGGAUGAGGGAGGGUGGCGUCUGGGUGGGAGACCAGCAGCACAUGGACCGCAUGACGGGUCUUGGUGCCGGAUUUGCUGCCAUCUCUCUCCGGAAUUUCGGCAAGUCGAAGAAGCAGAACCCGUACCCGCCCACCAAUUACUGGACGGCUAUGGCAAGAAUUGUCAACACACCUCCGGCAGAGAUCUCGAACACGCAGGGCGUAGUCCUGAAAGCAAUGAUUCAGAACUUUGAAAAGAAGUUUCUGGAUGCUUACGGAAAUGCUGCUAUCGCAGCUCUGCGACUGGCCUUGAUCGCAUUCCCCGCUAAGGCUCCGGUAAAGACUGCGGCGAUAAAUUCGUUGCACGUCCUGGCGCAGAUGCUGGAGAGGGAUACUGGCUUGAAGCUUGAGUGAUAGAAGCCCUGCCAAAGCAUGGGUAUGGCGUUUUGGGCAUUGGUAGCGGCGUCUAGCAUCAUUCCGGCUCUGUGGAACCGAAAAAUACCUCUGGGAUGAUUUUUUCGGCGCAUAAGGAGAGGCGUUGCCUAUGGUAGUAGGAUAUCAAUCAAUCAUCCUCAACAACUGCAAACGCAGUUACUUGUAGGCUAUAUAGACAACUCUGCGAAAGAAAAAGAAAAACACCAUUUACCUAACGCCGUGUCCCCGAAGCUCGUCUAAUG